GGAGGGGACGAUCCUGACCGAGCUCAUUUCUGCCCUCGCGUUCCCUGCCGGAGAGAGUGACCGCUGGUUCCGAUGAAAGAACUCAAACGUAACUCGGGGUGUAUUUCUUAACCCGGACAAACCAUCCCCCCACAUGCGCUGACACGUCUCCAGAUAUUACACACAUCCCGUCGGAGGGAACGUUUACUGGGCUGGUUUGACACAUUGUGAAUACAUUCAAGAGACGCGCGGAGGGGGAAGAUGUUGCUGAAGGAGUACAGGAUAUGCAUGCCCCUCACUGUGGAGGAGUACCGGAUUGGGCAGCUGUACAUGAUCAGUAAACACAGUCACGAGCAGAGUGACAGAGGGGAGGGAGUGGAGGUCGUCCAGAACGAACCGUAUGAAGACCCGGAGCACGGCCAAGGACAGUUCACAGAGAAACGAGUCUACCUCAACAGUAAAUUACCCAGCUGGGCUCGAGCAGUCGUUCCUAAAAUCUUCUAUGUGACGGAGAAAGCAUGGAACUACUACCCUUACACCAUAACAGAAUAUACAUGCUCAUUCCUGCCCAAGUUCUCCAUCCACAUAGAGACAAAAUAUGAGGACAACAAAGGAUGCAAUGACAAUAUCUUUGACACCGAGCUCAAGGACCAGGAGAGGGAGGUGUGUUUUGUCGACAUUGCCUAUGAUGAAAUUCCCGAGCGCUACUAUAAAGAGUCUGAGGACUUGCGAUAUUUCAAGUCCGAUAAGACGUCCCGGGGGAUUCUGCAGGAGGGCUGGAGGGACACCCAGGAACCCGUCAUGUGCUCGUACAAGCUGGUCACCGUCAAGUUUGAGGUGUGGGGACUGCAGACUCGUGUGGAGCAGUACGUACACAAGGUGGUUCGGGAUGUGUUGCUGCUGGGACACAGGCAGGCUUUUGCCUGGGUGGAUGAGUGGAUCGACAUGACAAUGGAUGAGGUGAGAGAGUUUGAGCGCACCAUCCAGGAGGCUACCAACCAGAAGAUCGGGAUCUUUCCACCAUCCAUCUCCAUCAGCGAAACGCCCCUGUCCUCCUGUUCCCUUACCGGCCCCGCCAGUGCCCCAACCACCCCCAUGUGCACCGAUGCGCCUGAGUCCCUCUCUGUCACCAAGGACAGACCUCGCAAAAAGUCUGCUCCGGAAACCCUGACCCUUACCGACCCUGCCCCAAGUGGCGCACCACAGGGCUCUAACCUGAGCCCACUAGUCGAUUCAAACCACCUGGAACCAUCCACACCACCCUCCUCCAGCUCUGAUGUUGCUGAGACAGACGAGCAGUAGAGGGACCUUGGGAUGUCUUCCCCUACACCCAGCUUCAUAUACCCCCAACCCCAUUGUGUUAGUAAACCAAUGGGACAUCAUUACUCAUUCAAGUUCUCUAGCCUUAUCCAAUUAUUUGAUCUUGGACACACAAAAGUCAUUGUCACAAUUGUCCACAACAGUGUCACUGAUGCCAUCCAGGCAGCUGUAGCCGUCCUGAUGUGACUGAUUUCCUCUUCCUGUGAGUCAAGCCAGCCACAUGUCUCAUCUAUUAUAACCAAUCUAAUCAAACAAAAUGCAUCACUAAUUCGUUUUGUUAAGAUAAUUAAUACAUAAUUCUUAGUGUUUCCUGAAUAUAGCUUUCUUCAAUCAGUCGCGGUCUGAUUUUAAGCUGUUAAACUAAGAAGUAGUUGCCUUAGCACCACAAAGCCAGUGGCAUUUAUUAUUUUUGGUGAUGCCUGACAAACUGUCCUUUUUCAUUCUGUAAAAUUACCAUAUGUAUUAAGUUCGAAAUAAAAUCACAAACCAGAGAAGGAGAGUAGACCUAAUAUGUCAGAGUAACACAUGCAAGUACCCUCAUAACAGAAAGCAACUGUUUCCUGAGCCAUCCAAACUGGCCUGCGGAUAAGAUUGCACCCAUCCAUCCCAUCCCAAACUCCAAUUAUACAACAGAUGCAAGAUCAGUACAAUCAUGGAGAGCUUACACCUCAGGUAUCCCUUACUACCUGGCUCAAACUCAAAAAGCAGGGAUAUUACUUUACCUUUCUCUCCCUGCUUAUUGCCAAACGUUUUAUACCUCCUCAGAUAUUAAAAUACAACUAUUGUAUGUACUCUACCAGUCUACUUAACCCUUGGAAUGUUUACACAUCAGAAACCUUGGAGCAUUUGAAUAUUAGCGGUAACGUUGUUCCUUAAGCUGUUGUUAUAUCUGCACUUGCGGUUCUAGCAUGACAGUGCAAUGAUUCUAAGAUUAAAUUUGUUGACGUUUAUUACUGCUUAUAUGUUAGUCAAGUUGACUGAGAGGUCAGUAAAUAUAUAUAUAUAUAUAUAUAUUAAAAGAAAACAAGUUAAGUAAAAAAAAAAGUUUAAUGCUGCCUGAAAUGAAUGCUGGAUAUCUCAUGUGACAUAAACGUGAUCCAAUUUUAUCAAAUCACUUUAUCGUCAUGUGAAAGAACAAGGCCAUUUUGGGGAGUUUUUAAGCAUCGACAGAUCUUUGUGCACAGUAGAUAUGAGGACAACUCAAAACUGGAUUUGAGGAGAAUGGCAUAUGCAACAAGCUGACAUGAGUAUGUUCUUAGUUAGCCGCAUAGCAUUUGUGGGAGUUCUGAUCCUUUUAACUUUGCCAGUGCUGGUUGGUGAUACUCAGCUGGUGAUUUAGUGGGCGCUUUGAAACGGGAACACCCUAUGCAGAGCCCUUGUAUUUCUGCUGGGCUUAUACUGCUAGUUACUAUCUGAAAAAGGAAAAAAGGACAACAAGUUAUCUUUUAAACCCUAUUUUUUUUCCGCACAAUGAAAUCACUCAAAGGAAGGGUCUUUACAUGCUGCAUGGAAUUCUCACAACAUAUAUACAUAUUAUGUGAAGUAUAUGUAUAUGCUGUAAAAUAAUGGAUUGGUACAGUGUAUUUGGUCAUGGGACCGUAUGGGGAAAAAAGUGAAUGCCAACUCUGGAAGCUCUGUACUAAUUUUGUAUAAUAGAAUAAGCUGAUAUGAGUGAGAUGUAAGCAUGACCAGAGAAUAUAGGCAGACAAACUCUUUCAAUUUAGUGCCUCUGCAUGCAACUAUUGAAUCAUCACCAACAUGUGAAUAAACCAAAACCUCAUAUAUUUCAUCUAUAGAAACACAACAUUUUAAUGCAUUUCUUUGCCUGUUUUCUAUCUCAAAUUAGUUAGAUUUGAGCAAGAAAAUAAAUCAGCUGCAGCCCUAUAAUACAGUAGCUGACCUAUAAUCAGAUCCAACCACUCAUAUCAGACUACAUCACCAGACUCACAAGUAUCAGGGCUAACUUCUUAGUAUAUUUUAAGAAAUACCUUUUCCCCCAAUAUUCUUACACAUUUCUUUAAACUCUACAGCGCAAAUGCAUUUUGCACUUUCCAGUCCUUUGACACCUUAUUUGACAAUGAAGAAAUGUGUUGCAUAUUAGUCUAGUUGAGUUUGUCAAAGUCCUUUAUUACAGCAUAGUGACUUAGAAGAGAGCAGUACGAGGAGAGAGUCCUCAGUGAUCUUGCCAUAAAAUAUUGUUAAUAUUAUGUACAGUUUCUCACUUGCUUUUGUUAAAAACUAAACAACCGUAGCUAUUUAUCUGUCUCUGUAGCUUUUGUCUUUGCCUUUUGAGGAAACACAUGUCAUACACAUUUUUGGCCCUAUUGUUCUAUAAUGUAUAGAUUAUACUUACUUGCAACUCUGGUAUCGACCAUCACUCUUGUCAGGAACACAGAGAUCCAGGGAUAUGUUUGAUCUACCAUGGGCUAUUAAAAAUAAUGCACGCUAAUAUCCAACUGUUAAACUGUGCUCUGUUUAAAAGAGCUACAUAUUAGGUAUUGUAAAUACUGUUGUUGAUGACUGAUAUAGUAGGUUUCUUACAUUGAAUCUGUUCCAAGUUGCAUUACUGAUGUGACAUGAAUAUGCUCAUAGAUUAGACAGAGAAGGAUAUUCUUUAGUGUUUGUGUUAUAAGGCUGUGUUUUAAUCUAGGAGAAAUAUGUUUCUUUAACUAUGAAGUAUUGUAAUCUAUUGAGAAUACUGACCUCUGUCAAGUUUCGUUUUCUCAACAGAGUAUCAAAAUUCCUCAUUGUAGUGGUGCACUUUUGACUCUCCAGAUGCAGUGCAAAAAUGUUUUGUACAAGUUUAAAACAAAAUGAAGCUUUUAUUUUUUGUUCUGUGGCUGCUUUGACGUUUACUUGCCAUGGUAAUUGCGAGGUGAUUGGCUUUUCUGUUGUUUCUCUUUUUUGUAUAAAACAUGCUGUAAUUUGAAUUUGUGGUUGCUGUAUUGUUUGAAGGAAAAUCUAAAAUAGUUUCUAAUUUUGCCUUUGGAUAAAAGGACCAAGCUUUUUGCUACUUGUCCCCUCCCUUUAACGCCGAUUGCAUUUGACCAGGCUGUUUUGCUGUUACCUGAUAACUGGGACCUGUCUCAUCAACCAGGAUCACUGAGUUAGCUGUACUGCUCUGAGGGAAACCAGGAACAGCUCAGUGUACUUCUCGUGGUGUUUGAGAUGAGCUGUGAUUCUGGUUAAUGCAGCUUUCUUCAUUAAUCCUGCUUUGUUGAAUAUGCCCCAGGUGUGCCAUUCAUGUUCAGCUGCUGGAAGUCGCUCUUAAUUCUUCCAUUUUAACUAUUUUCUGAUUUGAUAUAUUGUUUCUCCUUUUGAGGUUCAGUUGGUUCUUUGUUGUAAUUAUUGUUUAACUUUUUCUGGAAUAGACUAAUAAACUUCUAUUGCAAAUUGU